AUAAAAAAAAAAAUAUAAUAUAAUAAAAUAAAUAUAAAAAAAAAUGACUGAAUUAGUUAUUGAUAAUAAUAAAAAUUCUAAAAAAGUUAGCCCAAUGGAAAACUAAUAAGAAGACUAUGAAAAAUUACCUCCAAUCACAUUAUUCCAUAAAUUAACAUUCGCUCUCUUAGGUAUAUGUUCUUUAACCGGUUGGAAUGCCAUAUUAAAUGCAUUUGAUUUUUUCCAAGCUAAAUUUCCGAAAAAAAAUUUCGUAGAUGUCGCUUUUUAUUUCCCGAUUCCGAUUAUGUGUACUAAUUUUUUAGUCGGGAUAUGUUUAACAAUAGUAGGAAAUAAGAUUCCUAUUGAAAAACGUAUUCCUUUUUCUUUAAGAGGAGCUGUAUUUACUUUAGUUUCUAUUUGCUUGGUAGGUAUUUACCUUAAAUAUACACAAGCUGGUAUGGCUUUAGUAUUCAUUAUUUUAAUACUCUAAGGAACUUUUGAUAGUCUGACAACAAAUUCAUCUAUAGCACUUUCUGGAGCUACCUAAAGUGGAGAAUUGAUAGGCAUUUUCUGGACUUUUACAGCAUGGUCAGGUGUUAUAAUGAAUAUUUUGAGAUUUAUUGCUUUAGGAGCUUUCGGAAUAGAAGAUUUAGAUAAUGGAACUGGUUUAUAUUUUGGAGUAGCAACAGGUUUCUAUAUAAUAGGAAGUAUAUGCAUCACUAUAUUCACAAAUUGUGACUAUUAUAAAGCCGUUUUGAGAAGAGAUAAGAUGAGAAAUUUAAAAUUAUAACAACAAAAAUAAGCAGAUUCAGAAAAAGAUAUGUUUAAAAUGUAAGAUAACCAAAUAGUUAUAAAUAAUGAAAAUUAAUAGUAGACAGCUUAAUAAUUAUAGACUGCUUAAAAAAUAUUAACUAAUCAAUAAAUAUAAACUGCUAAUUAAUUUGAUGUUAAUAAUAAUUAAAAAACGUCUAAUUUAAAUAAAGUUAUAAAUUUCUUUAUAAUAAUAGGACCAGCUCCUUUUUUUAUAUUUAUGACUUACGUAUAGACUUUUAUGCUUUUUCCUGGAGUCUCAGUUUUCUAAAAACCUAAAUACACUUUAAUUGAGUUCCCUUAUGCUCUUGUUUUUAUGUUUACGAUAUAUAAUAUAGGAGAUUUAGUAGGUAAAUCAUUAGGAUCUGUAUCUCUUUUUAAAAAACAAUGGAUUGCAUACAUUGAAGUUUUGUCAAGAUUCACAUUUUAUAUUUUCUUUUUAUUGAUUGCUAAAAAAUAAGGAUCGCUAUAAAUGUAAAAUGAUGUUUUCUAAUUUUUCCUUUUAUUUAUGUUUGCUCUUACAAAUGGAAUGAUAACUUCAAUUUUAAUGGCUUUAGCACCAUAGAGAGCUACUAAUGCUAAAGAUAGAGAUUUAAUUUGUUACAUGAGUGCAUUCUCGUUGAAUUUUGGAAUUGCUAUUGGAUCAUUUAUGGCUUUGACUUUAUCAAAUAAUUGA